AUGAGAUGUGUAGAAACCUUGGUAGUUGUUGGUGUUAGUAGUCGAGGUAUCACUCCAAGAACUACUACUCGCCUUUAUCUCAUGAUUAGGUUUAACUUCUCGAUUAGGUUUGAAGAAUUCCUCAGGGAGAUCAUCGAGGCCUAUGCCAUCAUCUUGAAUAAUUAUUUUAUCAGGGAGAAAGCAAAGUGGAUUUUCAACAAACUCAAAGGGUCACCACCAAAAACCUUGCCAGAUCUCCUCCGAGAGUACAACUUACCCCCAGGACUCUUUCCUCAGAACAUAACCUGUUACGAAUUUGAUGAAACAAAGGCGAGGCUGAUCGUGUAUUUGCCAUCACCGUGCGAAGUUAGCUUCAAGGAUUCAUCUGUAAUAAGGUAUGCAAACCGAGUGAAAGCGAUACUGCUAAGGGGAAAGCUAACAGGAAUUGAGGGAAUGAAAACAAAGGUGCUAGUUUGGGUUAAGGUCACUUGUGUGGCAGUUGAAAGUUCCAAAUCCGAUAAGGUAUGGUUCACUGCUGGAGUCAAGAAAUCUAGGUCCAAGGAUGCUUAUCUAGUUGCCAGUAAUGGUGUUAGGAUAGAAGAUUUCUGACUCUUAAGAAAGAUAAAAGAUAGUAGUUUUUGUUUUAGGUGCUAACUAUUUGUUGGUGUCAUCAACUUGGCUACAUAUAAUACCAAAAUUAUCAAAUUUGUUUUGGUGUUUGUUUUUUUUUACUUUUGUUUAGCAAUUAAUGUCAAAAGCUUCUUGUUAUGGGAUUUAGUCAUUAUCAUUGGCUAAUUAAGGUUAGCUUUGAUACUUUUA